AUGACAUUACCAGACACACUCAGUAGGUUGCCAAACCCCAGAAAGAGAGGAGACGUCAUCGUUGAGCUCCGUGUAGAUGAAGUCAUGGAAUUAGACGAGAAUCAUGACACUGAUCUGGCAAGCUUUACACCUAUGAAGCAGACACAGCUGCAGAGAGAGACAGCAAGCGAUCCGAACUUGAAGCAGCUGAGUAGAAUUAUUCACGAUGGAUGGCCAGACGUGAUUAAGCAGGUUCCAAGCAGCUCAAGGAUUCACUGGUCGUACCGAGAGGAACUGGGCGUCGCCAACGGCAUUAUCUUCAAAGGAAGACAGGUGUUGAUACCUUCAACGCUGCAAUCAGACAUCCUGGAGCAGCUACACACGAGUCAUAUGGGUAUAGAGAGAACUCGUAGACUAGCAAGGGACACGGUAUACUGGCCAGGCAUCAAUAAGGAUAUUGAAAACCUUGUCAAGACUUGCCCUGCUUGCCAGGAGAACCAGGAUCGGCAACAAAGGGAACCACUACAACCGCACGAAGUUCCAAUGACGCCAUGGACAAAGGUAGCCACAGACCUGUUUUUUCUUGAGGGAACUGAAUACUUACUCAUUACUGACUAUCAUUCCAAGUUCCCUGUGAUCAGGAAAAUGCACAGCACCACAAGUGCUUCAGUUGCUACCGUAAUGAAAGAAACUUUCAGCCUCCUUGGAGUGCCCUCCGAAGUUAUAUCUGAUAACGGACCCCAGUUCAUUGGAAAAGCUUUCAAAGACAUGUGUGAGUCAUGGAACAUCAAGCACACCACCUCAUCGCCGAGAUAUCCGCGCUCUAACGGCCUAGCUGAACGGAUGGUACGCACCAUAAAGUCGAUGAUUCAGAAGUGCAAACAGACAGGACAAGAUGUCCAAAAGGCACUUCUCCACCUUCGAGCAACGCCUCAGUCCGACCUGCCAUCUCCUGCCGAGAUGAUGUUUGGGAGGCAAAUGAAGACAACACUUCCAGGUCGCCAUGACAGACAGAUGAGCGAUGUCCACGACCAGCUCCAGCGAAGGAGGGAUAGGAUGAAGAGCGACCAUGACAGACAUGCCGGCCGGGUACUGCCCCUCCUGAAGGUCGGCCAGAAAGUCAGAACCUUGCAUCCGGAAGACAACACAUGGCUGCCGGCUGAGGUUUCAAGAGUUUGCCCAGAACCAAGAUCAUAUGAAGUGACAACACCCAAUGGUAGGGUGUUAAGGAGAAACAGGUCCCAUCUUAGAGAGAUGCCGAUACAAAUAGAGACGGCAACAGCACCCCCACCAGGGACAGAGCAUCUUCCAAGAGAGGAUGGUGACAACUGCACAACACCCGCAGGAACACAGGAUUUCGAUGGUUCAAUCCCUUGUUCUGAUUCUUUUGCCUAUGUCACACGAUAUGGUCGCAAGUGCGGACGCAUCGACGACGUCGACGACGACCGGGACGUUGCACCGGGCCGGGACGUGGCCCAUUCCGUAGAUUGA